AUGAAAUUUGAAGAAAAGUGUGGGGACAAUGGGAGCCUUGUAGGAAGGAAUCAGUCAUACCCAGGUGAGAAGCAUCAGCCAAAAGGAAAACCCAUAACAAAUGGGGAAGCUGAGUUCUAUGCAAAGCAGGAGGCAAAUGGGAAAUGCAGCGUGCCCAGGAAAAGGCUCAACAUGUACACCUGGCAGGAGAUCCAGAGGCAUAAUCAGGAGGCCGACCAAUGGCUGGUCAUCAAUCGCAAGGUUUACAAUGUCUCCAGCUGGGCAGACAGGCAUCCAGGUGGGCGCCGGGUCCUCAACCACUAUGCUGGGGAAGAUGCCACGGAUGUCUUCAGGGCCAUGCAUCCAGAGCCUGACAUUGUGCAGUUGUACCUGAAGCCACUGCUCAUUGGAGAACUUGCCCCAGGAGAGCAUAGCCAGGAAAGACACAAAAAUUCACAGUUGGUGAAAGAUUUCCAAGAAUUGCGGAGGAUCAUAGAGUCUAUGAACAUGUUCCAUGCCAACCUGGGGUUCUUCUUUCUUCACUUUGCCCAGAUCUUAAUGUUGGAAAUGCUGGCGUGGCUACUACUGUAUCAUUUUGGCAGUGGCUGGCCUGUUACUAUAUUCAUUUCCUUUCUUCUCACAAUUUCUCAGGCCCAGAGCUCAUUUUUGCAGCAUGACGUGGGGCACCUUUCCAUAUUUAAGAAGUCCAAGUGGAAUCACGUGAUGCAUAAAUUUGUGAUGUGCCAUCUCAAGGGCCUGUCAGCAAACUGGUGGAAUUACCGGCACUUUCAACAUCACGUAAAGCCGAACAUCUACCCCAAAGACCCGGAUAUUGACAUGGGCCCACUUUUUCUGCUCGGAGAUUCACAACCUGUCAAGUACGGCAAGAAGAAAAUCAAAUACAUCAACUAUGAAAAGCAGCACCUGUACUUCUACAUGGUUGGGCUCCCACUCCUUAUGCCAGUAUAUUUCAACCUGCAAUCUAUGCAAGUGAUGUACCUUCGAAGAUAUUGGGUGGACAUCGCCUGGGUUAGCAGCUUUUACAUCCGAUAUUUCAUCACAUUUGGCCCAUACUAUGGAAUCUUUGGGACUGUGUUGCUCAUCUAUUUGGUCAAGUUUCUUGAAAGUCCUUGGAUUGCAUAUGUUACCCAGAUGAGCCACAUACCAAUGAGAAUGAGCACAGAGGAGAACCGAGACUGGCUCAGCACUCAGGUCUUGGCCACCUGUAAUAUUGAACAGUCCUUUUUCAAUGACUGGUUCACUGGGCACCUGAACUUCCAAAUCGAGCACCAUCUGUUCCCCACAAUGCCACGCCAUAAUUAUCACAAAGUGGCGCCUCUGGUGAGGUCACUGUGUGCCAAGCAUGGAUUGCAGUAUGUGAAUAAACCCAUGUUGAGGGCGUUUGGAGAUAUUGUCAGAGCCUUGAAGAAAUCUGCAGCCCUCUGGGUGGAUGCUUACUAUGAAACAUGA